AUGGUGAAGCUAUUCUAUACUGUGAUCGUUCUUUUGCUUGCUUUAGCAACAACAGCAUUGGCCGAGCCUUCUUGUGACAUUGUUCCGAAAAGGCUAGCACCUUGUUAUUCGUACAUUCAAGGGAAAUAUCAUGCGAUCAAGCCAUCGGGCAGGUGCUGCAGAGGACUGACUGAUAUAGCUCAAAUGGAGAAAAAUGGCAGGAAGGACAGUAUAGCUGUUUGCAAGUGUAUAAAAAGAGCACUUUUGCAUAUUAAUUAUGAUCCCAAUCGUAUCAAAGUUGCUUCACAACAAUGUAAUACCGAAUUUGCUCUGCCUGCUGUUGGCCAUAACACUACUUGUGAACUUAUACUUUGA